AUAGAAAUUCAAAACGACGCGUAUUGUUAUUCACUCCUAAACGAAGUCGUUUCUGAAUAACUACUCUUCUUCUUCCUUCGCCUGUACAAGCCACUCUGAUUGCUCAAGAUUUUUCUAACUUUGCCUUCUGCUCAGCCAUUAACAAAUGAGAAAUCAUGUGAAUCGACCUCCGACACCAGAUGCAGUUGAGGACCAAUCAAAAGAGCCUUCUCUUCAAGAAAUUAUUAACGUUAAGUUGAUCGAGAGUGGAGAAAAAGAGAGGUUAAUGGAACUUCUGCGAGAAAGGCUUGUAGAUUGUGGGUGGAAAGACGAAAUGAAAGCUCUUUCCAGGGCAUAUGUAAAGAAGAAAGGAAGAAAAAAUGUUACUGUGGAUGACCUUGUACAUGUAAUUACACCCAAGGGCAGAGCUUCUGUUCCUGAUGCAGUAAAGGCUGAAUUGUUGCAAAGAAUUCGUAGUUUCCUUGCAUCCGCUGCUCUUUAAAUCUCAGUACAAAUUUUCUAGGGUGGAGUUGUCCUAGAAUUACAAAGAUAUUGCUGGAUCUAUUUGGUGCACUCCCACUUAGUUUUCAGUCGUAGUCUACAGGUUUCUCACAGGGUAGGGAAAGAUGCAUUCACAAUGGAAUAGCAGAAUGCAGCAGCAUGAAGGGGGAGCCCAAAUGUUGAAGAAUGAAGCAAGAGACAGGUUUCAUCUUCAUGUUGAUAUUAGCAUAGGAUUUAAAGUUCAGGUUUUGGUGUUCCUUUGAAUCCUAAUUACCGAUGACAAAGUUAGCAGCUGCUCCAGUGUUAUUUUAAUAAACAUCAACUUGUAAUUUUUUUUUUUUUAAACUGAUAUAAAUUAUAAAGUCCUUUUCACUUACAACAUUAUAAAUCAUACAAAUAAGUUGUUGUAUUAUUUA